CUGCUCUGCUGGCAUCAUGGGCACCUGGGCCUUCCCCACAGCCCUUUUCCUGCUCUGCCUGACUUCUGAAAGCCUGCAAGGCGGUGAGGGCUUAGGAGGCCCCAAUGGCUACCGAUCAGGCUAUGACCCUUCCAGUGGUCUAGGAGCAGGAUUCCAGAAUGGGCGCGGGCUGGGAGCCCAACCAGGCAUUGGAGGGGGCGUGAAACCCCAGAAGCCAGGGUUUAGGAACAGGAAUGGGCUAGGAGUAGGGGCCUUCCCAGGUGCUGCUGCCCAGCCAGGAUAUGGAAAUGGGCUGGGAACUGCUGUCUUCCCAGGGCUGGGAGCCCAGCCAGGCCUGGGAGGGGGCAUGAAACCUCCGAAGCCAGGAUUUGGGACCAGAAAUGGUUUUGGUGCUGGUGCUUUUCCAGGGACAGGAGGGCUGCCAGGCCCAGUGGAUCAGAAUGGCCAGGGACCAGGAAUUGGAAAGAGCGUCAAACCUCAAAAACCAGGAUUCAGCAGUGGGAAUGGGAUGGGAGCUGCCAUCUUCCGAGGAGCUGGAGCCCAGCCAGGAGAGGGCAUUGGCAAUGGCCUGGGGGCCCAGUCAGGUCUUGCAGCCCAAAAUGGCUUUGGACCAGGCUUUGGAGUAGGAGGAAAACCCCAGAAGCCAGGGUUCAGGACAGAGAACAGAGCCCAGCCAGGACUCGGAGGACUGAAACCCCAGAAGCCAGGCUUUGGAGCAGGUGUGGAACCCCAGAAGCCAGGAUUUGGGAAUGGAAAUGGGCUGGGAGUGCAGCCAGGUCCAACAAACCAGAACGAAUAUGGAGCAGGCUUUGGCAGAAGGCUGAAACCCCAGAAGCCAGGAUAUGGUAAUGGAAAUGGACUGGGAGCCCAGCCAGGCCCUGCAGCUCAAAACGGCUAUGGACCAGGAUUUGGGAAUGGCAAUGGACUGGGAGUCCAGGGAGUCCAGCCAGGCCCUACGAUUCCCAUCGGCUACAGACCAGGCAUAGGAGAGGCCAUGAAGCCUCAGAAGCCAGUUUAUGGGAACGGGCUGGGAGCUGGAGCCUUCCCAGGUGAAGGGGUCCAGCCAGGCCCAGGAGGGGGCUUGAGACCUCUGAAGCCAGGAUACGUGCCAGGGAAUGGGCUGCGGCUCCCCUCUGCUCUGGGAGUUGGUUUGAAACCUCAGAAGCCAGGAUAUGGCAACAGAAAUGUGCUGGGGUCCCAGCCAGGUCCCUGCAAUGGUGGGGUCCCUCCACUGCUUCUUCCUAGGCCUCCCACUCCAGGGGUCCCUUCUGAUAAAGUGGGUGGCUGGGGCCUGAAAUCCCAGCCCCCUCCCCCAAUGCAGAAUGGCAAGUUCCCAGGGUACCAGCCUCCGAAUGGCUAUGGACCAGAAGCAGAACUGGGCUUUGGUGGUGGCCUUAAGCCCCAGAAAGUUGGUCCAACCGGGGCCCUGGGGGGCUCUCUCUGGCCCUCCCUCCAGCCCUGGGGGGCUGCCCUGAAGCCUGGAUAUGGGGCUAGAAGUGCAUAUCAAGAGGUGAGGAGCCAGCCAGGGGGCCCCGAGGUGAAGAGAGGCAGCAGUGGCCCACUGGGAAAUGGCUAUGGAGGCCGCUGCCCUUUUGGGAACUGCUGA